ACAGCAGCAUGUUACAGCUCAUUUCAACACUGUUCCUCUGUAGGGCCCUGAACUGAUCAGUCAUGAGGCUUCUACACAUCCUGGGUUUCACCCUCUUACUCUGCAGCCUGUGUGUGAGGGCAGAGGAGGAAACACCUGAGGACAAAGUAGAGGAAAAGGUAGAGGAAAAAGUAGAGGCAGAAGUUGAGGACAGCUCUGAAGAAGAUGCAGAACCAGAGAAACCAGAAAAGACAGAAGAAAUUACAGAAGAGAAAGACGUUUUGGUCCUUCACGGUGUCAACUUUGAUAGGGCUCUCAGUGAAAACAAAUACCUGCUUGUGGAAUUUUACGCUCCGUGGUGUGGUCACUGUCGCAAACUGGAACCCAUUUAUGCAGAAGUGGCUGGAUUACUGAAAAAAGAGUCAUCUGAAGUACGACUGGCCAAAGUGGAUGGCGAAGAAGAGAAAGAGCUUGCCUCAGAGUUCCAUGUGACCAGUUUUCCCACACUUAAAUUCUUUAAAGAUGGCAAUAGGCAAAACGCCACCGAUUUUUCUGGAAAGCGAACGGUAAAAGGAAUCACGAGGUGGCUGGAGAGGCACACGGGGCCCAGCGCUACCGUUCUCAAUGAUGUGAAGAGCGCAGAGGCUCUGCUGGAUGCAAAUGAUGUGGUUGUGGUUGGAUUCUUCCAGGAUUUGGAAGGAGAGAACGCAAAGACAUUUUAUGAUGUAACUCUAAUAGCAGUGGACUAUGACUUCGGCAUCACAAACAACCCAGAGCUUUUCAAGAAGUAUGAUGUACAGAGUGACACAUUGGUGCUUUUCAAGAAGUUUGAUGAAAAGCGAGCAGACAUGCCACUCACUGAGGAAAGCAAGCUAGACAAAGGGGAUGUGAUUUCAUUCAUCCAUUCCAACAGCAUGAGACUUGUCAUUCCAUUUAAUGAAGAGAAUGCUGAACAAAUUUUUAGGUCUAAGGUCCGUAAUCACAUGAUUCUAUUCCUUAAUACAACUGUGGAAUCUCAGAAUGCACUUAUAGAAGAUUUCAGAGAUGCUGCCAGAGAGUUUAAGGAAAAAGUGAUAUUCAUCACAUUAGAUGUUACGUCUGACAAAUCAGAUCACGUGCUGAAGUAUUUCAGCAUCUCUGCAGAUGAUGCUCCUAUUAUUCGCCUGAUCAACAUUGACAAAGUGCUGACAUAUGCAAUGGAAGACUCAGCCAUCAACAAAGACACACUAAAAACAUUUUGUCAGGGUGUUCUGGAUGGUACAGUGAAGCCCUUUAUGAAAUCUCAAGAAAUUCCAGAGGACUGGGACAAGAAUCCAGUUAAAGUCCUUGUAGGGAAGAACUUCAACGAAGUGGCUUUUGAUGACACUAAGAAUGUUUUUGUGGAAUUUUAUGCUCCAUGGUGUGGUCACUGUCAGGAACUGGCUCCUAUAUGGGAUGAGUUGGGCGAGAAAUACAAAGACCAUGAGAACAUAAUCAUUGCCAAAAUGGACGCCACAGAAAAUGAUGUGGAAAAUGUCACUAUACAGGGAUUUCCCACCAUUAAAUACUUUCCAGCUGGGGCUGAAAAUAAGAUUGUUGAUUUUAACGGAAGCAGAGAUUUGGAGACUUUUUCAAAGUUCCUGGAUAAUGGAGGAGUGUUACCACAAGAAGAGAGUAAAGAUGAUGAUGAGGACGACGAUGAUGAUGAUGAUGAUGAAACUGAGGUGUCAGAUGAACCAAAAGAAGAGUCACCAAAAUCUACCAAUGAAACUAGCAAGGAUGAGCUUUAAAAACAAGACAUAAAUCAACUAAUUUGUACUGAAUGAAAUCAGAUUUAUGCCAUUGAGCCAAAUGUGUUUUGUCAGAUUGUCAUUUUUCUGCAAUGGACCAUUUCAACAAACUACAUACCUUACUAAACUGAAUAAAACAACUUAACUUGUUAAGGUUUUUAUUCAUGGUCCUGGUCUUCAAUUUAUUUCUGUGGUGUGAGAUCAGUUAUCAGUAUUUGGCUUCAAAAGAGUACAUGGAUGAAUCUCUUAAAAUUGUUAAGAACACACCUUCUGAAGCCUAUUUUUAUGACCAUUACAUUUUUAAUUACAGUUAAGCUAGUUUUACGUCCAAAUUUUCAAUACUGUAAUGCCAAAAAUGAAGAAAAAAAUAAUAAUAAAAGGUAUGUCUACAUCA